AUGACACGACAAUCGACGGAGCUGGAAUCUCCAGCACCAAAUCUCGACAUGGCCAACCCGACGAAGGGAAUAGCUCCUAUCGCGAAGGCUGCAGAGUCACCUUUAAAAGAGCCUCGAGUAUGGAAUACAAAGAAUCUGGGUCUGCGGUUGGCAACAGACUUUGUUUCUGGUGCUGGCGCAGCUUCAAUGGUUGCACCCCUCAUUACAGUCAUUGAUAAGGCUAUAAUGCAGAAUGCCUCGGGGCAGGCAUCUCUCAAGAAUUCUCUGAAAGAUUCGUUCAAGACCUUCUUGCUGCGACCGCAUAACCUUAUCUUCUCGAAGCCUUUCGCCCUCAUCUGCAUGCUCUACGGCGGGACAUACGUCACUGCAAAUACCCUCGAUACUCUGACUGCGACUACCAAAAACAAACCUGCCUCGCUUGUCACAGGUGGAACUGCAAAGUUCGCAGCUUCUUCGACAGCUAAUGUUGGGCUCUGCUUGAUCAAGGACUCGACGUUUGCAAAGAUGUUUGGCUCUGGCGGACCGCCCAGACCUGUUCCUCUACCUUCCUACGCCCUCUUCGCAUUCCGCGACUGCCUCACAAUCUUUGCGUCGUUCAAUAUACCGCCUCUUCUUGGGCCGGUAUUGACCAGGAACAUGAACAAGGAGUUGGAAAAGAGGGUGAGCGGAAUGACAGUUGCACAAUUUGUUGCGCCGGCUGGGAUCCAGAUCCUCAGCACACCUAUGCACUUGCUAGGACUAGAUUUGUACAACAGAGGAGACAAGCUCUCUUUGGGAGACAGAUGGCAGAUUGUUAAGAAGAACUGGGCUAUCAGUGCCGUUGCGAGAAUAUGCCGUAUUGUCCCAGCUUUUGGCAUUGGCGGAGUUGUCAACAGGAAAUUCCGGAAACACGUCAUGGACAAGUUAGAUUAA